AUGUAUACAUCGCAAGUUCUCGCCACACUGGCGCUGGCAAUGCCUGCCCUCGUGAGUGCAUCGACACUCUAUCCCACCAUGGGCUGCUAUUCCGAUGUUCCCGACCUCAAGAACAUGACCACCAACGUCUACAACUCCUACGGUUUCUGUACGGAUCACUGCCGACAGGGCAACUAUAAGUUUGCCGUCGUCAGCCAAGGCGACCACUGCGCUUGCAGCAAUGCUGUCCCGCCCCCCUCCUUCAAGAUUGACGACGAGAAAUGCAAGAUCGUCUGCCCUGGUUUCCCAGAGGAUUUCUGUGGUAGCAACGUCAGCUUCAACGUCCUGAGCGUGAAGGACUCCUCCGACUUUGUCAGCUCCGUGACAUCCGCCCAGGCAGCUGCAACUGCUUCUGGUGGUAUCGUCGUGGCCGCGUCCACCUCGACUCCUCUGACUGCUUCGAUGGCCACCACCACCGAUGCAACCUGGAGCUCUGCCAGCUCCACCGCCUCGGCCACGCCAACCUUCAACGCGGCCAGCUCCAUGCGUGAGGGAUCUUCCCUGGCUGGUGUCCUUCUGGCCGGUCUGACUUUCCUGCUGUAA